AUGGCAGCAUCACAAAGCACUGAUCCAACAGGUCACACCAAUACUAUCCGAAAAAAUUGCACCGAGACGCGACGGGCUCAAACGUGUUCCACCGUGUUCCAGACUUCCCACCGAAAGUACUUAAAAUUGCCCAUCGAUUCUCGCCCUGAUACCAGGGAUGCCCAGCUUAGAGUCAAUAUCAUUUCAUGCUACGGAUACCCAACACCAUAUCCGUAA